AAUGGCAGUGGGCGGCGCGCGCGCACAGCUCGUCUCUCACUGCGAUGUACAUGCGAGUCCGUAAUCGUCCAACCAGCCAGCGAGCCCGCACUCCUCAAAUCAGACCCAGCCGAACCAACCCGAGCCGAACUACAACGAUCCGAAUCGACAUCCCCGCCAGCGCAGUCCAAGGCUGGAGAGACGGAAUGAUGACCUCUUAACGCAUCUUUUACGCACUCGACCCGCUGUCCGUCCCUUAAAAGCUCACAUUCCGCCUGUUUGCGCUUGAUUCGCGUGCUGAGAUCAUGGACACAGCACUUCUAAGGACCCAUAUUAUCUUCUCUCUGCUUCUCCUUUUCAUCCAAAUAGUUGUGGAAGCUGAACCACUGGCCCAAGGCUUGAGGAGGCUCACCGAAGAUGUCGACUGGUCAUACUCAGGUACCCUAAACCAGCGCAAGUGGGGUAAGAAGUAUCCAUCCUGUAACAGUCCCAGACAGUCUCCUGUGGACAUCGAUGAGACAUUUACCCAGGUUAGGCUGCAGUACCAGAAUCUGCAGCUAGAGGGCUGGAACAGCUUGACAGCAGAGUCUACCACCAUUCACAACAACGGGAAGACUGUGGCAAUUGAUGUGGAUGGGGAGUUCUUUGUGAGUGGCGGAGGGCUGAGGUCCAGGUUUCGUGUUGGCAGAAUCACCUUCCACUGGGGUCGCUGCAAUGCAACAUCAGAUGGGUCUGAACACAGUCUGAAUGGAAUGAAAUACCCUCUGGAGAUGCAGAUCUAUUGUUACAAUUCAGAGGAGUUCCAAAGUCUGGAUGAAGCUAUAGAGAAAGAAGGAAGGGUGGCUGCCUUAGCUGUGCUAUUUGAGAUUAGCUUGGAAGAUAAUGAGAACUUCAUUCCUGUUGUGGAAGCCAUUAACACUGUCAGCAGGUUUGGUAAGAGUGGGUCAGUGGAGGCAUUCACCUUGAGGUCCUUGCUGCCAAAUAACACAGACAAAUACUACAUCUACAAUGGCUCACUGACUUCCCCCCCGUGCUCUGAAAUGGUGGAAUGGAUUGUCUUUAAGCAUGUUGUGCCCAUAUCGGAAACACAGCUUGAGGUGUUUUGUGAAGUGAUGACUAUGGAGCAGGCUGGUUAUGUUAUGCUGACGGAUUACCUGCAGAACAACUUUAGAGAGCAGCAGCAGCAGUUUAUGGGUCAGGUGUUUGCCUCUUACACUGGAGUCGAGGAGGUGCUCACACCCACCUGCAGCUCUGAGCCACAGAAUGUUCAGGCUGAUGCUCAGAACGACACCACCAUCAUGGUGACCUGGGAGCGUCCCCGUGCAGUGUAUGACACAACCAUCGACUGGUACACUGUCACAUACCAGAGGCUGCAGGGCCAAGACCAGCGCAAGCAGGAGUAUAGGACCGAUGGAGACCAGGAUGUGGGUGCCAUCAUCUCCAACCUGCUGGCCAACAGCAGCUAUGUGGUCCAGGUGGUGGCUGUUUGCACCAAUGGACUCAGAGGACGAUGGAGCGACCAGAUAAUCGUGGACAUGCCAUUGGAAGACCCAGAAAGUGAUUCUGACCCUGAAGCUGUCACAAAGGAUUUGGAAGGAAACAGGGAGCUUUCGUCCAUAGUCAGAUGGGAGAAGCCAGUGAAGCAGAAUCCGAUGCAUUUAGCUUCAGAGGACAACAGCCCAGUUGAGGAGAUUCCACUGGAGCAGACCAGAGUUUACCAGAACCAACCUUCAUAUCAUGAGAACCAGCCCACAGACCGAACCCAAGCCAGCCAGAACAUUCCAGUCCAAGAAGGCACCACUCCAACCCCGAAGACACCCACCGAGGCCCCAGUUUCUCAGAAUGUCAGAAAGAAACAGGGUAAAAAAUCACAUGAUGUGGAUCAGAACUGGAUUGAAGGUGACCAGAUGAUGAACCAGCCUUUCACUAAUGCAGGCUUUGAGGGCAAUAGCGCAAUAUGGGUUACCACUGAGCUAACCGAACAACCAGGCUUCCUAUUUCCAGUUGUUCGGACAACCUCUCUGCCAGCAAUUCGCCGGCAAAUCACAGAAGAGGCAUCGCUGUCAGUGCUGCCACAUGAGACAAGAGAUCAAGGCCCACCACACCAAGCCAGUGGAAAUAGCCUCCCUUCUGCUUCACCAGAGCUCUACACAACUCCUAUGGAGGAUAUCCACAUCACAGAUGUCUUCUAUGAAGACACAGUCAACAACUCUCCACAGGAAAUCAUCACCUCACCUCCAACGACAUCUGCUUCUGCAGAGCCAGUGGACGAAGCCUUCCCGCCGCCCUCUGAAGAUGACGAUGCCCCUGUAAAUGAGCCCCUGCCAAAAACGCUACCCUCCUCAUCUCUCUGGAUCACAGAAAAGACGGCGACCCCCAGCAACACACUUGCCGAUUCAGUUUACAAGUCCUUCACUACCUCCUCUCUCCUCAGAGUGCUGAUGCAUACGACUCAGCCCAUGUUCAAUGAGCGAAGCAACAGCAGCCACGAGUCUCGGGUCGGACUUGUUGAGGGUGUGGACAGGGAGAAGAGGACAGUCAUUCCUCUGGCUGUCGUAUCCACUCUCACCAUCCUUUGUCUGCUGGUACUAGUGGGAAUACUCAUCUACUGGAGAAACUGUUUCCAGGCAGCUAAUUUCUACCCAGAUGACACAUCGCCUAAAGUUGUAUCUGCUCCAUCUACACCCCUGCUGUUGGCCACAGAUGGUCACGAGCCGCUGACAGUGAAGCAGUUUGUGAAGCAUGUCAUGGAGCUCCAGACCACCAACACUUUCUCCAAGGAAUUUGAGAUUGUCAAAGAGUCCUAUGAGGAGGUGCAGGCAUGCACAGUGGACAUGGGCAUCACUACAGACAGCUCUAAUCACCCUGACAACAAAAACAAGAACCGAUACAUCAACAUACUGGCCUACGACCACAGUAGAGUUAAGCUCUCUAACAGUUUGGACAGAGAUGGGACAUGCGGGGACUACAUCAACGCUAACUUUGUUGAUGGUUAUGAGCGGACGAGGGCAUACAUCGCAGCUCAGGGGCCUCUAAAAUCAGGCAGGGAGGACUUUUGGAGGAUGAUCUGGCAGCAGAAUGUUGGAGUUAUUGUCAUGAUCACCAAUCUGAAGGAGAAAGGACGGACAAAAUGUGAUCAGUACUGGCCAGAGGAGAACCAGGAAGAGUAUGGGUCUUAUCAGGUGACACUGAAAAACACCAAGACACUUGCUUACUACACACUCCGGACGUUCACUGUCAGGGAUACUGCAAAUAAGGUAUCUCAAAGGAGAGUCGAACACACAGUGCUCCAUUACCAUUACACCCAGUGGCCGGACAUGGGCGUCCCAGAAUACACUCUGCCUGUCCUCUCCUUCAUCAGAGCGUCCUCCAGGGCCCGCACGCAGGAGAUGGGACCUAUGUUGGUACAUUGCAGUGCCGGUGUGGGAAGGACAGGAACCUACAUUGUGAUAGACAGCAUGCUGCAGCAGAUCCAGGAUCAAGGGACAGUGAACGUUCUUGGCUUCCUGAAACAUGUCCGCACACAGAGGAAUUUCCUUGUUCAGACAGAGGAGCAGUACAUAUUCAUCCACGAUGCCCUGGUUGAAGCUAUUUUGAGCCGGGACACCUUGGUGACCUCUGACCUCCUUCACAAUUACGUCUCUAACCUGCUGACCCCUGGUGCCACGGGCAGGACACGUAUGGAUAAACAAUUCAAGUUAAUUAGUCAGCGUCAGGCGAAGCACGCAGACUACAGCACUGCCCUGAAAGAUGGCAACGCUGAGAGGAACAGAGCCAGAGCUCUAAUGCCUGUGGAGAGAUCAAGAGUCACUCUGACUGCUUCAGAAUCAAACUCCACAGGCUACAUCAAUGCAUCCUACGUGAUGGGACAUCACUACACUAAGGAGUUCAUAGUGAGCCAGACUCCUCUGAGCAGCACGGUGGCAGAUUUCUGGAGAAUGAUCUGGGAACACAAUGCACAGAUUGUAGUCCGUCUGCCAGACUCAAACAGCCAGAGAGACGAAGAGUGUCGUGCGUACUGGCCCAGUAAAGACCAACCCCUGAGCAUUGAUGGCUUCACUGUGUCAUACUCCAGGGAGGAGCACAUGUGUCUGUCUAAUGAUGAGAGACUUUUAGUGCAGGACUUCACAGUCCAGUCUCCACAGAACAAUUAUGUGCUGGAAGUGCGUCAGUACAGCACCACCUGCUGGCCCAACCCAGACAGUCCGAUCAGAAACAGCUUUGAUCUCGUUAACAGAGUCAGAGAACAGAGCACGCACACACAGGGACCGGUGAUCGUACAUGAUCCUUUGGGAGGUGCUACGUCAGGACUGUUUUGUGCCCUCACCACCCUGUCCAAUCAGCUAGAGGAGGAGGGAUCAGUAGAUGUCUACCAAGUGGCACGGAUGACCAACCUCAUGAGGCCUGGGGUAUUUAAUGAUAUAGAGCAGUACCAGUAUCUGUACAGAGCGGUGUUGAGCCUGGUGAGCAGUCAGGAGGACCAGAGAGCUCUGCAGAAUCCAGAGACCAACGGAUCUGUACCGCUGGGCCAGACCAACAUCGCAGAAAGCCUGGAGUCGCUCAUGUAGACAUCCACACAAAAAUGCGCAUGAAAGAGAAAAUAAAUUACACGAGCGCACAUUUGAGAUUACGAGGAGAAAAGAGUAGGUCUGCUGAUCAUGCUAAUACUUUCAUUUACUGCAUAUUCAAAAAUCAUUAUUUAUAAGAUCAUUUUUCAAAACAGAACAAUCUAAUGAAAUUACAUUUAAUCUAAAAGACUUCACCUCUAAAGUCUUUUCCCUUUCAAUCACUUAUUAUGAAGAAAAAUCUUACUCUGCCCGACAAGCGAUGAUGAAACACCUGAAAGUGUCCUUUUUGUUAUGUUAGCAUGCACAGCAGACAAAGCUACACAAUCUACCAGAUCAGAGAAAAAGGUACCUCCUGCUUCUAAGGGACCCUUUAUAAGUGAACAACAAACAAAACCCUGCAACAUUUAUAACAAUACAUUAUUAUUUCAUGUUAAAUCAUCAUUAAAAGCAUUAGUUGGAAUUAGGGGUGGCACGGUGGUUAGCACUUUUGCAGCACAGCAAGAAGGUCCUGAGUUCAAUUCCAUCAGGCCGUGGUCUUUCUGUGUGGAGUUUGCAUGUUCUCUCUGGGUACUUCGGCUUCCUCCCACAGUCCAAAGACAUGCAGUUAGUGGGGUAAGGCUAAUUGGAAACUCUAAAUUCCCCAUAGGUGUGAAUGGUUGUCUGUCUCUGUUAGCCCUGUGACAGACUGGCGACCUGUCCAGGGUGUGCCCUGCCUCUUGCCCUAAGACAGCUGGGAUAGGCUCCAGCUCCCCUGCGACCCUGAAAGGAUAAGCGGAAGAGAAUGGAUGGAUAGUUGGAAUUAGGUGAGAGUGGUAAGAAAGUUUCCAUGUCUGUAUCUGACACUGGUCAGCAUGAAGUUUUUUUGUUUAUUUCUAAUGACAGAUCCCUUAUAAUUAAAUUCAAUCUGUCUAUUAAUGUUUCUUUUAUCCAUUGUUUCUUUCAUUUUAUUAGUAUAUUCUUUUAUUACCGUCAUAGGUUACACCUUCCUUCUAAGAGAAAAGAAAUCAAUAUUAGAGAAAUGCACAGGCAAAAUGGAAUUGUAGAAAUGCCGAUAAAUGUAGAUAAAGUGCAGAUUCUUACUUUAUUGUUAAAAAGGGAAACAAUGCAAGACAACCCUCCGUUUCCCUGCAAAAUAUCAAAUGCACUGCACAUUAACCAGCACAUUCUGGGGCUUAAACUACCACGUAUCCUUAAUUAGAAUCACGUUCUUACAAGCCAAACCUUUCCGAGGCCUCACUGGUGAGAACUGAAGCAACUGCUCGUUUUUUUUAACGUUUACGUCACCUUGCAACUGGCUCCAUGGUCCAUGGUACCCAGUGCCUUUUGUACGUCACGUUAUUGUACUUUUAAACCUGUUUGUUUGGGGUUUUUUUGUGUGACUAAUAUGCCAAAAUCCUGGUGAGGUGUUUUUAUCUAUUUUCUUAAAGGUGAUCCCCUGUGUUGUUGAUCUCGUUAAAAAAAAUGCCAUCAGUUUCAGCUGUUUUGUUUAAAAAAGGAAAAAAAGAAACAAAAAAGAUCAAAACUGGGAUUUAAAGUGAUGCGCGGCUCAAAAUCCAUUUGAAAAUAAAUCUUAAGAGAUGACAUUUCUUAUUUUCUUAUAGAUGUAGGCAGAGAUAAGAAUUUUUUUUUUGCCAUCACAUUGUAAAAAUUCACUGCUGUGAAACAAGACAAGGGAUUAAGUAAUAGAAACUGCCCAUAUUCUUGAUAUUUUGGGAGGCUUAACGUUCUGUUAAUACUCAGUGGCACAGGCUGGCAAUGAAAUUCUUGGUAGCAUUUGCUGUGACUGUUUCCAUUUUUCUAAAAGGGUCCAAGUAUUUUCUAUUGCAUCAGACACAUUUAGCCAACCUGUGAAUCUCUUUCUGGUGUAAAUCACAGAGACCGCAGCUGAACACGCUCAGAGCAGUCCUAACUGGAAUAAAAAGUCUUUAUGUGUAAAGAUCCCAGAAUACUUUAAAGGCCAAAUUACUGUAUGUUUAUACUGUACCUCUACAUAUUUUCUAUUUUACUACAAAAAGUGAUUUUCUAGUUCUUUACACACACACACACACACACAUACAUAUAUAUAUAUAUAACUGUGUGGAUUCUAUUUGAUAAUUUUAGCCUGGAAAAAUUGAUCAUGUUUAUAGUUUUAAUGAAAUGGCAUCUCUUUUUAUCUCUAUAAUUACAGUAGCAGCUUAAUGUCUACACCUUUAUCUCCAGCUAUGAACUGGUGCUGUAUGUAUAAUGCAACAAGAUUAAAGAUUUGUUCAAA